GGAAAGAAUAUGCUCGAAGGGUUUGUUCCCUGUCAUGCGAGGAGCAGCCAGCGAAGACGAGCAGAACGAGGCGCAGGCUUCAAGUGUUCACCGGAAGAGCACACGGAGGCAGCAAAGAGCACACAUUUAUGGCCUUCCUUUGCAGAAGCCGCAUUAACAAUCACAGCGAGCCGAUCGGAACAAGCAACAGGUGAUUGAAAAGCACAGCGAACAGCGUUGGAAGCGGUUUUGGUAGGCUUCUAGAAAAGGUGGAGAUUCUGCUUUGUCCUAGACAGGAAUAAAGAACCCACAACUCGCCGUCGCUGGCCAUUCACAGGCCUCGAAGCCGCUGCAGGAGAACGCACCACUGCAAGACCAGACAGGGUGACCAUCGCUUCGCCCGCUCGAACGCUGCACAAAGCGCGCCCUUUGCUCGACAAGCUUAUCCAGCACCGGCUCGGCCAAGCCUUACGCCUCUAUGACUCCUCGGGAAUUCCUCUCAUAAAAACACAUUCCAACUCUUGUCAUCUUCCGAAGUACUUCCACGCGCCCUUUAAUCCAUCAAAGGGCGACCGCUCCGGCUCACUCAAUUUGAGAAGUCUUGCCCUUGAUUGGGCUUAGCUAGCUCGCAAUGGCGGGCUCAGAUCAGGAUUCCAUGGGCCAAUUUUUCGAUUUUGGAGGCAUCACGGAACCAGAGGCUAUGGAUUCGCACCUUGCGUUGUCGAACGAUCCACAGUUGGAGCCAGCGGAGGGGGAUCUGCUCCCGGAUCUGUCCAACGCGGUCUCGACAUACAUCAGCAACUGUUCAGUCCACCCGUAUGAAGCUUGCUUGUGCGACAAGAUCAUUGCAGACUUUGGUCUAGACGAGCCAGACUGCGACACCAGUCUUCAGCCGGAGAACUACGCCAAUUUCAAGGCGUGGAUUCCUAGAUAUUCAAAGCCGGACCGCGCUUGCGACUACUGCAGGUCGAAGGGUCUAGAGUGCUUUUUCACUUACGAGGGCCAGCACUUCUGCUCGCCAUGCAACGCCUUGUUCAGGCAGUGCAGCUUUGCAACCAACAAAACCCGCCCUAACGUCGUCAUGGACACCUUGCACACCGUGGCCGAAGACCAAGUCCAGGAGCAGGGCGCCCUCACAGGCAUCACUGCUAUGAAGUCUUGGGACCGAGCUGGCUUCGAUUAUCUUGACGAGGAGCAUGACCGUCCCAGCCGAAAGACUGGUACACGGUUCCCUCGGGCAGCCGUUAAGGUGCUCAAGGAUUGGAUGGACGCGCACGCCGACCAUCCCUAUCCUACAGAGCAAGAAAAGGAAGACCUACAAGCACUCACAGGGUUAAAAGCUACACAGAUCACCAACUGGAUGGCCAACACCAGGAGAAGGAGGAAGACUCGGAACCGCGGUGUCUCUCCAAGCAUUCGCUCUCCAACAUGGCCGACUGGCUCAGAUGCCAUUGAUGUCCCCUUCGACAAGAAGAGCAUUAGACAUAACGGAAAGACCUGGGACUUCAUGAAUCCUCUCGAACGUUGGCAGCACUCUCCGCCUGAAAAUGAACCGGCUCGCAUCCCGGAUAUCGUGGAUGCCGUUGAGAAAACAAAAUCUUCUCGAACAGACUCGUACUCAUCUUUCUCCAGUUCUGCGGGCGCACGACCUGGCUUUUUAUCAAGCGCCGGAUCGAGUUCAUCUCUCGUGCAGCACCGUGCACCGUCCGUCACCAGUUUGGGUACCGGACAAUCGGACUCCUUUGGUUCAUUACUUUCCUCGGGAUCAUUGGGAUCAUCUCUUUCUCAAAACUCUCGCAACUCCUUUGGCUCUAGCAGGACCAAGGAUCGACGACGACGACGAAGAACGGCGGCGAAUCCCUCGAAGAGCAAACGCGUUCAAGAGACGCGGCCUUUCCAGUGCACGUUUUGCACAGAUCGUUUCAGGACGAAAUAUGACUGGGCGAGGCACGAAAAGUCUUUACAUCUCAGUUUAGAGAAGUGGAUGUGUGCCCCGCUUGGUCCAGUCUGGACCGGUCCUUCUGGUCAGGAGCAAUGUGUUUAUUGUGGAGAGAACGACCCGACAGAAGAGCAUAUUGAAACGCACAAUCACAAAGCAUGCGAAGAGAAAGGUCGGGAUGCUCGAACCUUCUACAGGAAAGACCACCUCCGACAACAUCUGCGACUUGUACACGGCUGUAAAAUGCUCGAGACCAUGGACAACUGGAAGUCGGAAGCGGUCUACAUAAAGAGUCGCUGCGGUUUUUGCAAGCAAGAAUUCACGCGCUGGCAGGAUAGGAUCGACCACAUUGCCAAGCACUUCAGAGCUGGUGCUCAGAUGAAGGAUUGGAAGGGCUGUCGCGGCUUAGAUCCAGCUGUCGCUGCCCAGGUCACAAACGCGAUGCCACCAUAUCUAAUUGGCAACGAAUCGUUAAGCCCUUUCCCGUUCAGCGCCUCCAAUGAAGCAACAUGGGGCCAACUACGCCUUACCGUUGGCCCAGGUAACGAUUUGGAGUACACCAUGAGCGAUGGCCCUAAUUGGGAAUCACUCAUUGGCCCAGAGUCCAUGCAGGAAGUUGUGUCGACGAUGCCCGACUUCGACGGAAUGUUUGCCAGUACUGCUCCAGCAACAUGUGAUGCACUUGCCAUGGAGCCUCUGUACAAAACCAUGGACCAUAGUCUGAGUCACAGGUCGCCGACGAGGUCAAACCAGGGCGCUCUAACAUGCUGGGAGAUAUUAACCGUCAGGUUGGGCCAGUACGCGCGCGAACAGAUGGCCAUGGGUAUUAUCCCGACAGACGAGAUGUUGCAAUCGAAAGCGCGAAGGAUCCUUUACGAAGACGACGACACAUGGAACCAAACAGCAGCGGACAACAGCGAAUGGCUCGAGCUGUUCAAGAAGGCGCACGGCAUGCCAAGCACUGCAACAGAUGUUCGAGUCGACUUCGACGAGGACCUAGGUGCCCGAAUCGGCGAACUCAACUUUGACGGUCUCAUGUUCGACAAUAAUGCAACAGGGUGGGAUUUGGCUCAGCAGCAGAGCAUGGCCAUGACAGUGGAUGGCGUUGUAAACAAGUUUGCGGUGCCUGCAACUAUGGCGGGUAGCCUGGGUGCGACCUUUGGCACUUCAAUACCUGACGCAUCUUAAUAAACUGCAGGAAUUGUUCGGACUGUUGCAAUGUGCGUUAUGGGUUUUUUUUUUUCUUUGCAGGCGUCGCAAAACAAACAAUGAUCAGGUUUCAAUGGCGUUCUAGAGUCCUUUAUACCUAUGAAAAAUCCGAUCAACUUCGGUGGAGCUCAUGAGACGUGUACGCUGUUUCAUCACAGUCGGAUUCUGUCAUGGGGAAAUAGACAGGUCGGAGCAGUAUAGACAGGUAACCGGUAACUUAAUGACUAAUAAUAAGUCAAAACGUGGUUCGUGCGUGCAAGGAGAAACAGAGAAAGCUCUACGUUAU